AUGAGCGACGCAGCCAAGGCAUUGACGACAGAACUAAGGAACGAGUUGGGAAACCUGCCACCAUGGAAGGUCACAACAACGCAGGAAUGCAUGGACAAAGGCGAAACGACAUGUCUGAUCAAGAGAAAGUAUUGCGGCCAGGCCGCCGACUAUAACCGGUUCCGUCCGCUCGCUCGUUCGGUACAUCGGAAAUGCAGAAGAGAAAUUGGCAAAUUCCCGGAUAUCACGGUAGACGUUAUCAAACGAUGGAUUGACGAGAACUACUGGGAUGAUGCUCAGGUGAAGGCUGAGUACCAACGGCAAUUUUACAAGGCGCAUCCCGAGAUACGUCGGGCGAAGAAGUUACUGGCUGAGAUGAGACGUGAUCUAGGAGAUUGCCACCUGGUCGACGAACAAAACGUGCUCAGGUGGGUCAAGAAGAACUUAACGGACAAGCGUGUCGAAGACAAGUAUAAAGGCGCUCGUGACAGGGCUGGUCCUUUCAACCGUGCGGAGGCCUUACAGUAUCGUCUACAAGAUGAGCUGAAUUACGAGGCAGUUGCGUCAAUUGCUGACCUACGGGCUCUCUUCGAGGAACAUGAUGAUGGCCAUGAUCCCCUCAGCGACGACGAGAUUGUGGAGAUCUAUCGGAAGCAGAUAGCAGACAAAUCGGCGGCAGAAUCAUUACCUGCCGGUGAUGGGGCCUAA